AUGGCCGCGCAGACCAAGCCGUUGGAGGAUGACGCUGUGCGGUGGAGGGUGCUUCCGUGGACUCGUCUCUCUCUUGAAGAGGUUCUUCUGGCAGAAGAGCAAUUUUUUGCAGAAGAUUCUUUUUGUUUUCAAGAGCAACCCAUUCAAGAAGAUGCUUUACUUGUUCCAGAUGAUUCAGCUCUCUACGCUGAGGACGCUCUUGAUUUAUUGCAUCCCCUCAAUGUUGGUGACGAAGAAUACGCCGACUUUUCUGCAUGUGAGACACCAAGUGAUGUACCGGCCAUUCCUAGUUCUGUUGCAGUUUCCACUGCUCAGCCCGAAAAAGACUGCCAUAUCUCUGACAAUGGCUCUUUAAUUCACGAAUUUAUCGAUCCAUGUCGUGGCAAUACCACCGCUGCUUUCUCAUCAUCGUUUAGCAAUCCACAUACGCAGGUUGAUGGUCUCCCUGUGAUUCCGCCUCCAAUAAAUGCAAAGACCAUCGAGAAAGCGCUGUUGACCGCGUCACCGAGAACAUCUUCUAUUCCAAAGUCUAGGGACUCUCUUCCAUUGUUCCAUGUUUCUCCAAAGUUGGAGCAUAUAAUCGCACAAUUUAUUUUUUCUUUCGCUAUUAGGACGGAGAUUGGAUCACUGCCCGAACAAGAAACAGGCAUCAACUGGGAUGCUGUUGCACAUCAAUCCCGCAAAGAUACAUUCGAGGGUCGACAGGCUCUUCAUGGCUUGUACGCGGUUGUGGAGUUCCUGGCUUGCAAAGGCUUACCUGGGGAUGCAGACCACUUGCUCAACUGGAUGUUAUCAAAAGAUUUAUCGAAAUCUCCUUCCAUGCUGCCUCCUGCACAACUGUCUACUUGUGCUCCGUUUUUUGAGUCUCAAUCAACAUUUUCAACACCACCAUCGUUGAUGUCCCCGCAUAUUUCAGUUCCGCAAGAGCUACUAUCGUUUUUAGCGAAAACACAUCUUGCCGCUUUCGAGGCGCUUGGAAUGCAAGCGCCAGAGCGCAAGAUCUUCAUCAAGAAACGGAAAGGGCAGCGUGCUACGGCGCACCUGCAGUCUGCCAUGCACUGGUUUAUGCAAAUGGGCGCUGCAUUGCCCACAUCUAGUGAUCACGAAAGCCCUUCGGAUACUUUUUUACUGGAAACGCUGUCUAGUGAGAAUGCAGUGCAGGCUGAUGCGGUGAGUGUCUCUUUGACCGAAGGCCCCAACGAAGCUCCAAGGGGUGCCGUUUUUGUUGGUCAUGGUCUACGCUCACUGGCACAUACACACGCAUGUGGUGAAGUAGCGCUCACCCAGCUUCAGGAGUCCAUCGAACAAGACUGCACUUCAGCGGCACGAGAGCGGUUUUUGCAAGUCCAGAAGUCGGGAUUUUUGGAGCGGCGUAAUCCUCUUGCGCCAACAUUGGUACGGCUUGUCGAGAAAUGGCGAGUGCUACUUUCGGAAAGACUACGCCUUAUUUAUGAGAUGUCGGAUGAUGUUAGAAAUGACUCCUCCAUCUUACAGGCACAGCCUCUUUUUACCACUCUUAUUGCCAAUUUGGGCGUUGAAGCGAUCUCUGGUACCAUCCUUUCGCUAUUGCUGAUGCCUGGUCAUGAAGGCACUGGGUACAAAGGGGGAGGUCGGCGUGUUCCAUGGUGGCUGCCAUCGGGGCGUGCUUUCAUUUUUGGCCGACUUUCUCUGGAGCUUGGAUCUAGACUUCUAGGCAGUUCACCUACCAACUUGAUGGAGUGGCCGGCAGCACAACGCGUCCAAGUGGGCUCCAGGCUACUGACAGAGGCGCUGCCGCUACUCAGAAUGGACGAUGGCACCCCUGCGUUUUUCCACUCUGUGCGUCGAUUUCGCGUUAAUUCCCUUCUUGGCAUGCUUACAAUUAACCCGCUGUUAUCACAGCAUUUUGGGAUCCCCAUUAGAGUAGCUUCCAAUGCUAAAGAUGCUGAUCGCUCUGAAUCUGCUAAACUGGGAGGUGAGACCGAUGGGAGCACCCAAUGGGCUGGGCCCACCCAACCAAGCACAUAUCUUACCAGCCCUCUGGCGAUGGAUAUUUCAAUGAGCUUGCCGAUGGUAGUACCACCGCGGCCAUGGAGUAGCUGGAGAGCGGGGGGAUAUUUGCUGCGCCGGAUACCUUGCUUUAGGAUACGGGAUGAUCCAUCACAGAUGGCGCAAGUGAUGAUGGCCGAUGCGCGUGGAAAACUCGCUCCCCUUCUUGAGGGCCUCACAUUUCUUGGACAAACACCCUGGCGCAUCAAUGUUCGCGUCCUCGCUGUCGUGCGGGCAGCAUGGCAGGCGUCUUCUCAAACUAAGGCCCCAGAGACUAUCUCCACUCUGGCUUCGCAUGCAGAAGCACUGCUUGGCCUUGAUGCUGGGAUGCGACCAGACGACCGUCAUUCACUAUGGUGCGAUCUAAACUAUCGUCUUAUGGUGGCCGACGCGAUCUCGUCAUAUACCGAGUUUUUCUUGCCACAUAAUGUGGAUUUCCGCGGUCGCGCAUACCCAAUCCCAGCACUACUUUCUCAUAUGGGCUCUGAUCUCUGUCGCGGCUUGGUACUCUUUGGUGCACAAAAGGCUGCUCCUCUUGGUGCUCGCGGCCUUCAUUGGCUGCUUAUUCAUCUAGCAAAUAUGUAUGGCUACGACAAGGCCUCGUUUGAAGAGAGACUUUCGUGGGCCCAAACACACAGAGCUCAAAUCGAGUCAUCCGCUGCCGAUCCUAUCAACGAGCAGUGGUGGAUGGCUGCAGAGCAUCCAUGGCAGACUCUAGCUGCUUGCAUCGAGGUUUCCGGUGCUUGGGCACAUCCGCAAGGCCCAGAGGCCUUUGUUACCUCCAUCCCUGUGCAGCAAGAUGGCUCUUGUAACGGACUACAGCAUUAUGCUGCUCUUGGACGAGAUCCUCUUGGCGCGCUGCAUGUAAAUCUUGUGCCCGGAUCUCGGCCUGCAGACAUUUACUCUGCAGUUGCGACUGCCGUUAGUCAGCGCAUUUUUAAUGAUGCAAAGAGCGAUUCGGUGGAAAAGCUCCAUCUUGAUAUCCAGCAGCACGCCCAUAAUGCUACUAAUGAAGCCUCUGACCGAGAUAUAGAAGCUACCGCCAUGCCACUUCCAGGCGGUGUGCCGGCGGCGACGAACACAGGUUCCUCCACAGCUAUGUUAUCCCGCGCUGAAAUUGCGCGAUGGAUUCUAUCACCAGAAUCUGGCUUACCUUCUGCCAUUACACGGAAGAUUGUCAAGCAAAGCGUGAUGACAUCAGUGUAUGGUGUCACUCUUUAUGGUGCUACGCAACAGAUAUACAAGCGGCUCGUUGAGGUCGCUGCUCCUCGAACAUCGGCUGCGGCUGCAGAUUCUAGCGGCGCUCAAGUGCAGGGGAACAAUCGGCAUAUGCGGCAAGCGGCCCGCUACAUUGCUUCACUUGUGUUUUCAUCACUUGGAAGCAUGUUCGACCGUUCACGCCGCAUCCAGGCAUGGCUGACAGAGGUGGUCACUCUGGUGACGGCCAGUGUCCCCAGAGAAUGGGUUGCGCGCUACUUUGGGGUCGACACGACACAGGAACUGACAACACUGCCGCCGCGGUCUUUUAACGGGCCCGUUGAAGACAUUUUGGCUGGAAACAAGCGUCCGUUUGCGCCAUCCGGCCUGUUGCGUCAGUUUUUAAACACUAAAGAAGGGGAUGCUGUUUAUCCCAGGACACUGAUGGCAUGGACCUCGCCCCUUGGUUUUCCCGUUGUUCAGCCAUACCGCGAAGCAGAGAAAGUUGUAGUGCCAACACCCUUGCAGAUGGUUACCCUCGAUGUGAUUCCAGAUCACGAAACUCCUGUUGCCGUUAGACAGCAGAUCGCAGCAUUUGCGCCCAACUAUAUUCACUCGCUCGAUGCAUCGCACAUGUUUAUGACAGCACGGCGUAUAGAGGCGCACGGGAUUGUUUUUGCAGCCGUGCACGACUCGUUCUGGACUCAUCCAAAAGAUACAGACUUGCUUCAUCAAGAGCUGCGUGCAGCUUUUAUUGAGUUGCAUUCGCGUCCGCUUCUGCACGAAUUGCGCUCUGAGCUCAUCGAGCGGUUCGGCAACAACUUGAUACCCCUUCAAAAGAGGAAAGUAACCCUGCAGAAGGAAGAGGCCACGGGCAAGAGCAAGGAUAAAUCAGCUUCCAAAACAGGAAAGAGAAAGACAGAGACUGGCCCGUGCUGGGCACCCGUAGACAUACCCCAGGUACCGGAACAAGGCUCCUUUGUGCUUGAAGAUGUUGUGCAUUCACCUUAUUUUUUUAACUAG